GGGAGCAGCAGUAGUAGUUACAACUUACAAAAGAAAAAAUAAAAUAAAAUUAUAAAGUUGUUAUUUUUCUCUCUAUAUAUAUAAGAGUAAGAGAGAAGGAAGAUAGCGCACCAAUUAGCAUUGAGAAAUUAUCGGCAAUGGCGAAUUCGUUUUCCACCAUUUUCAUCAUCUCUUCAUUGUUGAUCGCAGUGUUGAUUAUGUCCGGCGAUGCUACCGGCGGCGACUUCGACGUGAGCGGUUGGAUUCCGAUGAAAUCCACCGAUAGCUGUGAAGGUUCGAUAGCGGAGUGUAUGGCGGCCGGUGAAUUCGAAAUGGAUUCGGAAAGCAACCGGCGCAUAUUAGCAACUACUGAUUACAUAAGCUAUGGUGCGCUGCAGAGUAACAGUGUUCCGUGUUCUAGAAGAGGUGCUUCGUAUUAUAACUGCAAGACAGGUGCUGAAGCUAAUCCGUAUACACGUGACUGCAGUGCGAUUACUCGUUGCCGGAGUUAAUUAAUUAAUUAAUUAACGAUCGAAUCGAUGUUAAUUAUUGCUUCUAAUAAAAUGAUCAGUUCAUUUUCGAAUUGUUUGUUUUUUAUCAGUUCUAUUCUAUCUAAUAUAUAUA